GUGGUAUGCCAUCCCUUCCCUUCAUUUUCUUGCUUCAGUUGUAUGAAGUUCCGCCAUGAAAUUGGUAACAGAAUUAGAGAUCUUAAUAAUAGGCUGAAAGAGAUUGUAGAGGAUAGAUCAGCACUGCCUAAACUAGAAUACACUAACCAAGAUGUCCGAGUGAGCGGAGUGAAUCCUCGUCAGACUUUUCCCAUUGAGGUUAAUUCUGAUGUCGUAGGGACACAAAUUGAAGAAGCGACCCAGGGUGUUGUGGAUUCAUUAGUCAAAGAAGAUAAACAAAAAUGCUGGAUUUUGGGGAUUGUUGGGAUGGGUGGAAUCGGCAAAACUACUCUUGCUUCUAAUAUAUACAAUGAUAAAAGAGUAAAAGAAAACUUUCCUAUACGAGUAUGGGUAUGUGUUUCCAAAGAUUUUUCAGAGAUAAAGUUGCUGAAACAGAUAAUUAGAGGUGCAGAUGGAGAUUAUGGGCAGGCUGAAACAAAGGCUGAACUCAUACCCAAGCUUUCCUCUGUCCUUUCAAAAAGGUUCAUUAUCGUAUUAGAUGAUAUAUGGGAAGCAAAAGUAUGGGAGGAUCUGCUCAGACAUCCUUUAGAGAGUGCAACGGCCAGUGGUAGGAUUGUGAUCACCACUCGAGACAAAAAUGUGGCUACAAAUACGAGCGCACUCGUCCACCAUAUUGACAAAAUGGAUGGUGAUGCUGGCUGGGAAUUGCUAUGCAAGAAAGUCUUUAAAGAUGAUGAAAAGGAAGAGAUGUUUGAUUUAAAAGAAAUUGGUAUUAAAAUUGUUGAAAAAUGUGAUGGUCUUCCUCUUGCAAUCAAGGCCAUUGCAGGCGUUUUAAGGCUGAAGAACAGAACUGGCAUGGAGUGGAAUAACGUUCUCGGAAGUGAUGCAUGGUCUAUGAGCCAACUUCAGACCGAACUCCCAGGAGCAUUAUUUUUAAGCUACGAAGAUUUAUCAUCUGAUCUUAAACAAUGUUUCCUUUUUUGCUCCUUAUAUCCUGAGGACUGUACAAUCUAUCGUGAUGAUCUUGUUCAGUACUGGUUGGCUGAGGGUUUUGUAAAACCACAAGGAGAUACACUGCUAGAAGAUUUAGCUGAAGAUUACUAUAAAGAGUUGAUCUGCAGGAAUCUUUUACGACCUGAUUCUUAUUAUGCAGAUGAGAGCCGGUGCACAAUGCACGAUCUGCUACGUUCUCUUGCUCUGUUUUUGAUGGGAGACGAGGGCGCUUUUGUCGGUCAUGAAAAAAUAUGUAACACGAACCCUUUGACUAAGCUUCGUCGCUUGUCAAUUUCAAACGCGGGAGAGAUGCUGGAAAUCCCUGAUGCAGUGAAAAAGCAGAAAUGCUUGAGGACUCUAAUUGUAUCUAAUAGUUCCAGAGCAAAGAUAGAUGAGCAUGAACUUGGAAGACUUGGGCAGCUACGAGUUUUGGACUUGACCGACACGGGAUUGGAGAGCCUUCCGGACUCCAUUGGAAACCUGUUACAUCUAAGGUACCUGGAUCUUGAUCGAACGAAUGUCAAAAAUUUACCAGAGUCUAUCGGACGCCUUCAAAAUCUGCAGACGUUGAGCCUCUCGGACUGUAAAUCUUUGCACACGCUUCCCAAGGCCAUCACAAGUCUGUGCAAUCUAAGAUGCCUUCGCCUCAAGAAAACUCCAUUGAGCCAUCUCCCGAAAGGAAUUGGCAAACUGAGAAAUCUCAUCUAUCUCAAAGGAUUUGUGGUCGGUGAUGAUGGAGUUGAGCAAGACCAGGGGUGUGAUUUGGAGGAGUUGCAAUCUCUGUACCAGCUGAGAGUGCUGCAGAUAGACAGGUUGGAGAGGUCACGGGCAGGAGCUUCGGCACUUGCAAACAGCCGCUUUCUUAGAAGAUUGUUUCUGUGUUGGCAGCCACCCGAAGCUGAGAAUUAUCAGUCACGAUGUGCGGAGGACGCAAUCCAGAAAGUGAACAAGAUAUGCAACGACCUCUCUCCUCCAUCCAACCUGGAAUACCUUUUCUUCUCCAACUUCUUUGGCAGUGGGUUUCCCGGCUGGUUGAUGUCAUCCUCAUUGGGUGCCUCAUUUCCUCACCUGGCAUUCUUGAUACUUGAUAAUUGUAGAUCUUGUCCGCAACUUCCUCCACUAGGCCUACUGCCCCAGCUAAGAUUCCUUCGGAUUUCAGGAGCAGACGCAAUCCUAAGGAUCGGAUCCGAGCUUCUUGGUUGGCGCGCCUCAGUGGUAACUGCAUUUCCAAGGCUUGAAUACCUGGAACUCAACCACAUGCGCAACUGGAAAGAAUGGUCAUUAGGCAUGGGGGAAGAGGUUGGUGAUGAUGAAAUCAGAGGAGCCUCUAAGCUGUUGCCGCGUCUCAAGGAUCUGGUUCUAAAGAACUGUCCCGCGCUAAUAGCUCUUCCGGAAGGUCUGGGACGUGCCACCAACUUGCAGGAAUUGUGUAUUUUGGGCGCGCACAACCUGAGAGAAAUCAAAAACCUCCCCUC